ACCACUGCCCGCACUUUCCAAUGCCUAAGAAUAGCAAGGUGGUAAAAAGAGAAUUAGACGAUGAGGUUAUUGAGUCUGUCAAAGACCUUCUUUCCAAUGAAGACUCAGCUGAUGAUGCCUUUAAGAAAAGUGAACUAAUUGUUGACGUCCAAGAAGAGAAAGACACAGAUGUUGAAGAAGGAUCUGAAGUCGAAGAUGAAAGACCAGCUUGGAACAGUAAACUACAAUACAUCCUGGCCCAGGUUGGAUUUUCUGUAGGAUUAGGGAACGUGUGGAGAUUCCCAUACCUCUGUCAGAAGAAUGGGGGUGGUGCCUAUCUUUUGCCAUAUUUAAUACUGCUUCUGGUAAUAGGUAUUCCCCUUUUUUUCCUGGAACUUUCUGUGGGUCAAAGAAUUCGGCGAGGAAGCAUUGGCGUGUGGAAUUACAUAAGCCCUAAACUGGGAGGGAUUGGAUUUGCAAGUUGUGUAGUAUGCUUUUUUGUGGCUCUCUACUACAAUGUCAUCAUUGGCUGGAGUUUGUUUUAUUUUUCUCAGUCUUUUCAGCAACCUCUACCUUGGGAUCAGUGUCCUUUGGUGAAAAAUGCUUCACACACUUUCGUAGAGCCAGAAUGCGAAAAAAGUUCUGCCACUACCUAUUAUUGGUACAGAGAAGCACUGAAUAUUUCCAGUUCCAUUUCGGAAAGUGGGGGCUUAAACUGGAAGAUGACCGUCUGCUUGCUGGCUGCCUGGGUUGUGGUGUGCUUGGCUAUGAUCAAAGGCAUUCAGUCUUCUGGAAAAAUCAUGUAUUUUAGUUCUCUGUUCCCGUAUGUGGUACUUAUAUGCUUCCUAAUCAGAGCACUCCUUUUAAAUGGUUCAAUUGAUGGCAUCCGUCACAUGUUUACCCCUGAGCUUGAAAUGAUGCUGGAGCCCAAGGUCUGGAGAGAAGCUGCAGCUCAGGUGUUCUUUGCCUUAGGUCUGGGAUUUGGUGGCGUCAUUGCCUUUUCAAGCUACAACAAGAGAGACAACAACUGCCACUUUGAUGCCGUGCUGGUGUCCUUCAUCAAUUUUUUUACUUCUAUCCUGGCAACAUUGGUGGUGUUUGCAGUUCUGGGCUUCAAAGCAAAUGUCAUAAAUGAGAAAUGCAUUGCAGAAAAUUUGGAAAUGAUCAUCAAACUUGUGAAAAUGGGCAACAUUAGUCAAGAUAUUAUUCCCCAUCACAUCAACUUUUCAGCUGUUACUGUGGAAGAUUAUCAUUUAGUUUAUGACAUCAUUCAAAAAGUGAAAGAAGAAGAGUUUCCUGCUCUUCAUCUCAAUUCCUGUCAAAUUGAAGAUGAGCUAAAUAAAGCUGUUCAGGGGACUGGUUUAGCUUUUAUUGCCUUUACAGAAGCAAUGACACAUUUCCCUGCAUCUCCCUUCUGGUCAGUGAUGUUCUUCCUCAUGCUGGUAAAUCUAGGGCUUGGCAGCAUGUUUGGAACCAUUGAAGGGAUCAUCACACCCAUUGUGGACACAUUCAAAGUGAGGAAAGAAAUUCUCACUGUUAUCUGUUGUCUUCUGGCAUUUUGUAUUGGCCUGAUGUUUGUGCAGCGCUCUGGAAAUUACUUUGUUACAAUGUUUGAUGAUUAUUCUGCUACCCUGCCUCUGCUAAUUGUAGUCAUUUUGGAGAAUAUUGCUGUAUCCUUUGUUUAUGGCAUAGAUAAGUUUAUGGAAGACCUAAAGGAUAUGCUGGGCUUUGCUCCCAACAGAUAUUACUACUAUAUGUGGAAAUAUAUUUCUCCUCUAAUGCUAUUAUCACUGCUAAUUGCUAGCAUUGUGAAUAUGGGAUUAAGUCCUCCUGGCUAUAAUGCAUGGAUUGAAGAUAAGGCAUCAGAGGAAUUUCAGAGCUACCCAACGUGGGGAAUGGUUGUCUGUAUCUCUCUGAUGGUCCUGGCAAUACUGCCCGUCCCAAUUGUCUUCAUCAUUCGUCGCUGCAACCUUAUAGACGAUAGUUCUGGUAAUUUAGCAUCUGUGACCUAUAAGAGAGGAAGGGUUCUGAAGGAGCCUAUAAACUUAGAGGGAGAUGAUGCAAGCCUCAUUCAUGGAAAGACAUCAAGCGAGAUGUCCUCUCCAAAUUUUGGUAAAAAUAUUUAUCGAAAACAGAGUGGAUCACCCACUCUGGAUACUGCUCCCAAUGGACGAUAUGGAAUAGGGUACUUGAUGGCAGAUAUGCCAGAUAUGCCAGAAUCUGACUUGUAGCUGGGGGGCAAAAAUCAGUGGGAUCUUAUCUGGUUCAUUUUUUAUCAAUGAACAUUGGCUCUACUAAGAGAAGCGUUAGACUUCGCUUAUCAGAGGGCGAUCUCAGGUGUUCCAUGGCUGUGACCUUUAAUCCUAGCAGUGUACGUAAAUUCACCAUGAGCAUUCCUUUGGAUUCUCUGGUUUACAUUUGCACAGAAAGAGCCACAGACAAAGUGUACAAUAACUGAGGUCCAUGUUGGUCAGAAUUUUCAAAAAUACCUUUGGUGUUUUUUUCAAGGAUUCCUAUCUCUAAAAACCACAGGUGUUACCUCAGUUUCUAAUAAUUUCUGGAUGUCAUGGUAUGGGCAACUCAAAAAUGGUAUACUUCAAAAUUUACAAGUUUGCCUUCAGGGUAAACCCCAGGGUUACAAUGACCAGUUCUGUAAGUUGGUGCUGCUCAGCACACUUCCAUGAAUAUAUUGUGUAGAUAGGCUGUACUUAUUUUGGUAGCAUUGAUACCUUCUUAGGCAAUUAGUUGAAGAAAACUGCAAAAUAUUUUCUUAUGUAAUAGCUGUAUAGAGCAAUAGUAUCAAAGAAUAAGAAGGCACUAAUGCUGGGAUGAAAGGUGAGGGUCUGAGGUGGCUGGGGAUCAUGUGUGUGAUGGCUGUAUAUUUUGUGUAAAAUAUAUGUGUGAAAAUGAUCUACGAAUGAGUCACUCA